GUACUUUUCGCGCGAUCCGCUGUCCUCACUGCGUAGCUGUUGUUGUCUUUUCGGUUGGCGUGCUGCUCCCGCCCCUCCCAACCGCCGCCGCCGCCGUCGCCUCCACCAUCCACAGAGCCCACGCCAUGGCAGACCCUCGCGUCCGGCAGAUCAAAAUUAAAACGGGCGUCGUGAAGCGCUUGGCAAAAGAAAAGGUUAUGUAUGAAAAAGAAGCAAAACAGCAAGAAGAAAAGAUUGAGAAAAUGAAAGCUGAAGAUUCUGAAAAUUAUGCAAUUAAAAAACAGAUUGAGGUCUUGCAAGAAUCUCGAAUGAUGAUUCCUGAUUGCCAACGCAGAUUAGAAGCUGCACAUGCAGAUCUUGUUCAGCUAUUAGAAAAUGAAAAAGAGUUGGAAGAAGCUGAAGAAUAUAAAGAAGCACGUUCGGUACUUGAGUCAAUAAAGUUAGAAGCCUAGAUAGAGUAGUGAAAAAUCAAUGUACACUUUGGGUCCAUUGUUAUAUAAAUGGUCAAACAUUAGCAAAAUGUAUUUCCCAAAGUAGUGUUAGGAAUGAUGAUGUGCUCAAAUGAUCUGUACCUUUUUUCGAAACCAUUUUUGAAAGUUGUAAAAUCCACAAUACAAAUAACAAAUAAAAACAAAAAGAACAAGCCCAGAGAGCAUUUUCCCUUAUGAUUUGUUAUACAGAACGUAUCUUACAGAAAUACAACAGUAUUCAGAAACACACAUCUAUAUACAGUCUACACUAGCCAGGGCUGCUUUGUAUAGUGUUUAAGCACUUUAUGUGGAAUCUUAGUGUUUUAGCAUAAAGGUCCUGAAACACCUGCACUUAUUCUCCUUUGUAUACAAGAGAGAGAAAUUUGUGGAGAUCUUGAUAUAUAUUUUCUGUAAGGGAGUACAGUGGAAAUCUGACAACACAUCUCAAGACUUUGCAAUUUCUAAUUGCUGUGGCAUUUAGGUGUGCUCUCAAAAUAAGGCUCAGAGGAAGGUGGGUCUGGAAGAAGCUAUGUAAAGACUAUCAUUCUCUCUUGCCUUCUUACUCUGAGAUCCUAUAGAUUCUAAUAUCCAAAUUGUGAUUCCUAUUUUUUAAAUCCUUCAUGUUUUCAGCUUUUCCCCAUGAUAGACUUGAUUGGUAUUUCAACCCCAUGUUUAUAGCCAUAUUUGCCGUUUCAGCAAUGUCUGACAGCUUUGGUCGCUUAAAAAAUGCCUUGAUAAUAGCUGCCCAUUCUGUAGUUAAUCUUUUAAUGCUGCAGCUAUGAAGCAGUUCUUAACCCUUCUCCCUUAAACAGUGUUGCUUUCUGGUGGGUUAAGUGUUUAAUGGAGAUGUCAUAUCCAUGUUGUGUAAGGAUAUAGGACCUGUGUAGCAGCUUACCCCACUAUGUGCUGAGAGCAGUAUUGCAGAAGUAAGAGUAUGAGAAGUGGCUAAGAAAAGAAUACCAUGUGACACAUGGAAAUAUGUGCCCUUUAAGGGAGAGAGAAAUUUAUUCCACCUUUCUACUAUCUACCCUAUUUCUGUUGUUGUAUUGUUAUAAAAUAUGGAAAAAACAUUAUUGAAAAGAAAAACAAUUAAACUGGUUUGACAGUA